AUGAUGUUCUGCAUUUCGCUUCUUUGCAAGACCUUCACCUUGGUCUCCCUCAUCAUUGCAUUGUUUCUCUUGGGGUUCCUCCUCAUAGGCAAUGUCUCCUCCGCACCGGCCUACUCGUCUGUGUUCAUGAUCAAGCUUCGCUUCAAUACUACAGCGGAUGCCUUCGAUGAAUUGGUCACCCACAAUGCCUCGCUGCUUGCUGACCGCUACAUCACUGCAAACUACAUGGGUAUCUGUGCUGGCCUUGAAAACGGAAAGAAGGUGUGCUCCGGUGCGGGAAACUUCACCUCGUUGGAUGAAUAUCUUUCGGUGGAAGUUCAGGGCACCAAGAUUUCUCUCGCUGAGAUGUCGCUGCGCUUCACCGAUGCCUGCCACCCAGGCCUACUUGUUGUUAGUCUUAUCUUUGUGGUGCUUCUUCUUCUCACUGUUCUUUGGUGUGCCAUCCCAUUGUUACCAUCGAAGCCUCUAGUCCGCAAGAUCUCCGUGGGCUUGUGCCUUCUCAACAUCCUCAUCUGGGGACUUGGCCUGAUGCUCCAACAUCAGACGGUUGCGUCUGCAUUGAGGCUUGUGGGGCCAAGCUCGAUGGGCAUGGUCUUAGCGUCCAAGGGAGGUCGUGCAGAAGCAAUGACGUGGACGGCGUUUGCGUUUCUUUUGGUCGUUUUGGGUUUGCUAGUGAAACUGGUGUAUCAAGAUAUGCGGGCGAAGAAGCCAGAGAAGGAGCCCGAGCAGCUGUAUCCAAUGCAGCAGGAGCGGUACUACUAUGGCGACCCCAAGAAAUACGGGUACGUCUGA